AAAUGUCAUUUCGAAUGUCGCAUCGCUUACCUAGCAGUCAAAAAUAGAAGUGCGGAAAGACAAGUGCCAAGCUGGCUACAAAAAUGGGGGGCCACCUUAUGUUCCACCUUUGAAUUUCUAGAUCUCUUGUGUUUUCAGAAUUCGGAGAGGGAAAGGAGAAAAAAGAAAAAAAAAGGAAACUUGUUUGCAACCCGAAAAUCUCUGUGGAAUCGGCGGUUCUAUCUGUAAGUUAUUUUGUAACAGUUAUACGUGUAAGCAAUUGAUCUUUGGGUAAGUGGCGGACUUGUGUAGAAGAUAUUGCCAAUUGGAUUGAAUAGGGGAGACCGAUUGGAUUUUGAUCAAAGGGAUUGGAGGUGUUGUGGAGAAUGGCAUGCAAAGGGUGCUUGGAGUGCUUAUUGAAACUUCUUAACUUCUUGUUGAGCCUAGUGGGCCUGGCCAUGGUUGGCUAUGGGAUUUACUUGCUGGUCGAGUACAAAAGUUCUACUACCAGUAACACCCUAGUGGCCUCAAAUGUGAGAGGCGAUGAAAGCUUACUACUGUUCAGCCGACCACUGCUCAUGGGUGUUUUUCUGUCGGGUAGUAUUUUCGAUGACCUGCCGAAAGCUUGGUUCAUAUACUUAUUUAUUGCUAUAGGAGUUAUUCUCUUUGUCAUAUCUUGUUUUGGUUGUAUCGGAGCUGUGACACGGAAUGGAUGCUGCUUGACUUGUUACUCAGUAUUGGUGAUCUUGUUGAUCUUGGUAGAGCUGGGAUGUGCAGCAUUCAUAUUUUUUGACAAAAGCUGGGAAGAGGAAAUUCCAACAGACAGCACUGGAGAUUUUGACUUGAUAUAUGACUUUCUGAAAGAGCACUGGAAUAUUGUAAAAUGGGUUGCUCUUGGAGCUGUUGUUUUGGAGGCACUUGUAUUCUUGUUAGCGCUAGUGGUCAGGGCAGCAAACAGACCAGUAGAAUAUGACAGUGAUGAUGAGCUCAUUGCUCCACGGCAACAGAUUAGGCAGCCAUUGAUCAAUAGGCCACCAGUUCCAGCUGCGGGUGUACCUGUUUCCAGUGCCCUUGACCAGCGUCCGGGUAGAAGUGAUGCUUGGAGUGCACGCAUGAGAGAAAAGUAUGGACUGGAUACCACCGAGUUUACCUACAACCCGUCGUCUGAGUCACACAGGUUCCAGCAAGUUGCCCCACAGCCAGCCGAAGAAAGGAGCCGUUGCAGCAUCAUGUAGUGAGUUGAUAAAUUUUGUUGGGUUGGUCUUUGAAGACGGCUGUCAUGGACAAUUAUGUUGUAACUAAUUCCAUAUCUCUCCGGAGCUGAUCCUUCUCUUUUUGUUUAGUUUUCUGAUGUUUGAGGUUCUUUUCUUGUUCCCCAACAUUCUCCCUCGUUUUUGUAAUUCAUAAACAAAUAUUCUUGUCAGAUGUUUCACCAUUUGGUGUGUAAAAUCUGUACUGCCAUAGUAUGGUUUUCUUGUGGAGUUGCAGAUGAGCAUAGUUGAUUGA